AUGGCUAGCCUGGAGCAGCAUGGCUCAUCUGGUUUCUCCGACUCAGACUCGUCAGCUGGAAGCUCUGGCCGACCGCAUUCCCGCAACGCCGCCACGUACACCCCCGAACCGCCGCAUCGCUCCAGAGCCAGCUCUCGUUUCUACACGCAUCCUUCCCGCACGUCCAUCUUGAGUCCCAGCCGUGGUCUGCUGCUCGAUCCUGUUCCCGGCCUCGCCUCGGCGACGUCGCGUCGCGAUACCAACAACCUGGACGACUCCAGCCUCAACGAUCUGGCGACCAUGUGGAAGGCCAGUGGCACCUUACCUUCCUUUUCUCGCGGCUUCGAUAUGUUUAUGGCUCCGAUGUAUUCAGAAAGCUCAGAUACUGCUGCCAAAGACCACGAUUCGUUCUUCGUCCCGUCAUAUCUGUCCGAGUCCACCUAUGUUCACAAGUUGGAAGCUGCGCACAAGUCCAGGCUUCAAGCUCGGAACGAGGCUUUGAAGGAACACAACCACGAGAUGGCGACUGAAUUGGCUCGCAGUCAACCCGGACUGAGGAUGUAUCCCUCGUCAGUUAGUACCGGGCCAGGACUGCCCCGCACGAGCCUGGAGCGACUGAGUUGGCCAAAGUUGGAGGACGAACUGACGCCGCUGCCGAGUCGCUGGAACCCUGGUGAUUCUUGGGGGUCUAUUGAGUUUUUGGAAGCUGCGCGAUCUUUGAAGUUCAUCGGGCCCAGAGGUCACCAAGACAGGGAUCACGAGGCGGCUGCGGUGCGAGCCGACUACCCCAUGCCCGCAGAAUGUGGAAUAUACUAUUACGAGGUUCACAUCCUAUGCGGAAAACGCGACGACACUACCAUUGCCAUUGGGUUUGCCACAAAAGGUGCGACCAUGUCGCGGCCAGUAGGUUGGGAAGAAAAUUCUUGGGGGUAUCACGGAGAUGACGGCCGUUGCUUUACUGGGAACAAUACGGGACGGCCAUUUGGUCCAACGUUCAGCACAGGAGAUGUCAUUGGCUGCGGCGUCAACUUCCGCGACCACACUGCUUUUUUUACCAAGAAUGGCGUCAAGAUCGGUGUGGCCGUCAACGACGUCACCCAAACUAAGGUUUUCCCUGCUGUUAGUCUGAAGAAGCCAGGAGAACAUAUCAUGGUCAAUUUUGGGCAAACGCCCUUUGUUUAUGACAUUGAUGAUAUGAUGAGAGAGCAACGGAGAAAAAUCCAAGAUGAUAUCGAAAAGACUGACGUCUCCAGGCUUGAGCCUGGACUGGGCGAAACAGACCUCAUACAGGCCCUGGUUUUACAGUUCUUGCAGCAUGAUGGCUAUGUGGAAACAGCCCGAGCUUUUGCAGAAGAUAUCAAGUUGCAGAAAGAGGCUUUGAACUUGGAUCCUAAUGUCACUGUCGACGGAAUCAACGUCAAGGAUGACGAAGACGCUAACAACAGGCAAAAGAUUCGAAAAGCCAUUCUUGAUGGUGAGAUUGACCGUGCGUUGAAGCACACACACGUUUACUACCCACAAGUAUUCAAAGAAAAUACACAAGUUCAUUUCAAGUUGUGUUGCCGGAAAUUUAUUGAAAUGGUCCGGAAGACGGCACAGCUGAGAUCCGCAAUUGACUCGAAACUGAGCAACGGACAUAGACCCGGCUCCAGCCCUAUUUCGCAGAACAUGGACGUUGACGUCAACGGCGGGGACGAUAUGGCUUGGAACGAGCAUACGAAUUUCGAAGCCGAUAUGCAAGGCGCUCAGUUCGAGUUGCUGAGGCUGGAACAAGAAAUGCUCAGCUACGGACAAACCCUGGGGGCCACAUAUGCAGGAGACCCGCGAGUUGAAGUCAGCAAAGCACUUGGGGAAAUUUGGGCGUUGGUGGCGUAUUCCAAUCCUGUUGUGGAACCAACAGUUAGCCACCUGCUUGAUAAGAAGGGCAGGGUAGUUGUUGCAGAGGAACUCAACUCGGCUAUUUUGGCGUCCCUGGGCAAAUCUUCGCAAGCAUCUCUUGAAAAGCUCUAUGCCCAAACCAGUGUGCUACUUGAAGAUCUCGGGGCGGAUGGCGAUGCAGGUGCAUUUGUCUCUGUACAAGAUGUUGUGGACAGCAUCAAGCCCGGCCCACGGUUGUAG